UUGCUGUUUGACGUUCGAGUUUUGUCAUUUGUUGUUUGUUCAUGAAACGGUGAAAUUGUUAAGGAUGGAUCCAGCGUUGUUAAAAGAAUUUAAAGUAUUUAAAAAAAGUGCUUUGGAAUUACCUACAGUCGAAAAGAAGAGUAAAGUUGAGACUGCUGCACCAUCAGCACCAAGCAAAGAUGACUGGAAGAAAAAAAUGCGUCCGCCAAGUGCGCCAAAAUUGGAUGCUAAUACAGUCGAAAAGAAGGGUAAAGUUAAGACUGCUGCACCAUCAGCAUCAAGCAAAAAUGGCUGGAAGAAAAAAGUGCGUCCGCCAAGUAUGCCAAAAUUGGAUGCUAAUACAGUCGAAAAGAAGGGUAAAGUUAAGACUGCUGCACCAUCAGCACCAAGCAAAAAUGGCUGGAGGAAAAAAAUGCAGCCGCCAAGUAUGCCAAAUUUGGAUGCUAAUACAGUCGAAAAAAAGAGUAAAGUUAAGACUGCUGCACCAUCAGCACCAAGCAAAAAUGGAUGUAAGAAAAAAGUGCGUCCGCCAAGUAUGCCAAAAUUGGACGCUAAUACAGUCGAAAAAAAGAGUAAAGUUAAGACUGCUGCACCAUCAGCACCAAGCAAAAAUGGAUGUAAGAAAAAAGUGCGUCCGCCAAGUAUGCCAAAAUUGGACGCUAAUACAGUCGAAAAAAAGAGUAAAGUUAAGACUGCUGCACCAUCAGCACCAAGCAAAAAUGGAUGUAAGAAAAAAAUGCGUCCGCCAAGUGCACCAAAAUUGGAUGCUAAUACAUAUAAAACAACAGCUGGAACUUCACAAUCUCGUUUUGGUGUAUUAACUAAAAUUGUGAAACACAUGCGUACACGCCAUCAGGAUGGAGACGAUCUUCCAUUGAGUUUGGAAGAAAUACUCGAUGAAACAAACCAACUCGAUAUUGGUCAAUCAUUAAAAACAUGGCUGGCUGAUGAGGCCCUCAUCAAUAACCCCAAAAUCAAAGUUUCUUCUGAUAAUCAGAGAUUUUGUUUUAAGCCCGUGUAUAAAUUAAAAGACGGCAAAUCACUUAUACACUUAUUAAAACAAUAUGAUGACAAUGGUUUAGGUGGAAUUCUUCUUGAAGAUGUUCAAGAGUCAUUGCCACAUUGUAAAAAAAUUUUAAGAAGUCGUGCCAAGGAUAUUAUAUAUAUAACGCGUCCAAAUGAUAAAAAGAAAGUGCUUUUUUAUAAUGAUCGCACAGCUGAUUUCACAAUUGAUGAAGAAUUUCAAAAAUUAUGGCACUCGAUUACAGUUGAUGGGAUGGAAGAUAGUCAAAUCGAGGAGUAUUUAGAAAAGCAAGGAAUACGGCCGAUGAAAGCUCAAGAACCAAAGAAGCCAGUUCUACAACGUAAAAAAGCUCCAAUCAAGAAACGUGAAUUCAAGAAACUAAGACAUAAUAAGCAUUUAGCAGAUGUAUUGAAAAACUAUGAGGAUGAGACUUUGACAACAAAAUGUGUAAAUCUUCCUUUGAAGAUAGCAAUAAUUAAAUAAUA